CGUGACAAGAACUGAAUAUCACAUAUUUUAAAUUCCUGUGAAAUUUUGACUUACAUGAAUAUUCAUGAGUGGGAGGGGCUUCUAACAAAAACAUGUUAUCAUUUUAUUUUGUUUUAUUCAUUAAAAUCAUAUCUUUGGCCAGAUUCAUCAUUCAGGCUAAAGGCUAGUUUCCUGACAAAGAAAUCCAACUUUACAGUUUAGUUGACUUGAGUACAAUCUAACUUAUUAAAAUUUUUACUUUAAUUAGCCAUUUAGGGUUUUUUUUUUUUUUUUUACUGAAGUUUCUUCUGAAGUUUAAAAUAACCAUGAAUAAAAAUAAAGUAUAAUUUAUUCCUUUAACAGAUGCUGAAAUUUCAUUGUCAUUCUAAUAUUCUGAAUUAUUAUCAGCGUUUUUACACAUUUUUUCAGGAUUUUUUUAUGAAUAUAAAAUAAAAAAAGUCAUUUAUUCAAAACGGAAAUCUUCUGUUACGAUAAAAACUGAAAUUGAAAUUUUCUGAUCAAACAAACACAGUCUUGAUUAAUUACACUAAAAAAAAAAACUUUAAAAAUCCCAAACUUCUGACCAGGAGUGUAUAAAUAUCAUUAAAUUUCUACAAGUUGAGCAAAUGCAUAAAUAUGAUUAAAGAUAGCGCGUUUUCAUUUUUAAUAAAAUAUUUUACGUGAAUUCUAGACUCAGAGAGACACACAAGAGCAUCAGAGACGGUCGAGGUGUUCUUGAUGUUUAGAAGAAUCAUAACCGAUUAUAAACAUGUUCAGGAGGAUAAACCUUCAUCAGAUUAAACGCGUUCUUAAAGGAUCCGCUUCCGAUGUGAAUAAAUAAAUGAAAACCGAUCCGUCUGGAUGGAUGUUCUGAGAGCCGUCACGCGUGUGGCGUGCGAGGGCCAGGCUGAGGGUCCCGGAGCAGAUGACAGGCCUCUUUCUCUGGUGCCGAGGACGUUGCCUUUUUAGGAGACACCUGAUCGCUGGGCGCCGGCUCCCAGAGAGCCGCUGAUAACGCCCGGAGCUCAGUGGAUGAUCCAGACGCUGUGUGGACGCAGCUCUCCGGCUCUCCGGCUCCUUCAUGGAGAAGUUCCAGGCUGCCAUGGUCCUCGGAGGAGUGGGAGACGCGCUGGGACACCGCAAGGGCCGCUGGGAGACGUGCGUCUCGGGGAAACAGAUUCAGCAGGAACUGGCCGCUCUCGGGGGCCUCGGGGCCCUGAAGCUGGACGCAGAUAACUGGCCCCUGAGUGACGGGGUCCUGAUGCACAUGACCACUGCAGAGGCGCUGAUCACCGAUUACUGGUGUCUGGAGGAUCUGUACCGGGAGAUGGUGAGGCUGUAUGUGGAGGCCGUGGUGUGUCUGCAGGGACGAGCUCCGGGGCCCGGCUCCGUCCAGGGAUGUGCUGACCUCAAACCACACAACUUCCUGUUAGCCUGGCACACGCCCUUCAACGAGAAAGGUUCUGGUCACGGAGCAGCCACUAAAGCCAUGUGUGUUGGGAUGCGUUACUGGCAGCCUGAGCGUCUGGACAGUCUGGUGGAAGUGAGCAUAGAGACAGGCCGAAUGACCCACAAUCACCCCAUAGGGUUCCUGGGCUCUCUGUGCACGGCUCUCUUCGCCUCGUACGCUAUCCAGGGAAAGCCGCUGGUCAGCUGGGGUCGUGACCUCCUGACGGUCAUCCCUAAAGCAGAGGACUACUGCAGGAAGACCAUCCGGCACAUGGCAGAAUACCAGGAGAAGUGGUUCUACUUCGAGGCCAAAUGGCAGUUUUAUCUGGAGGAGAGAGGAAUAGAAGACGGUCAGAGCAAAGCCAUGUUUCCUGACCGAUACGACGCUGAAGAGACGGACAGGAUGUACAAGCGCUGGAGUUCUGAGGGCUGUCCGGGACGCAGGGGUCAUGAUGCUCCGAUGAUUGCGUACGAUGCUCUGCUGGCGGCCGGGUCCAGCUGGGACGAGCUGUGCAGACGAGCCAUGUUUCACGGAGGAGAGAGCAGUGCCACGGGGCUGAUCGCCGGCUGUCUCUACGGCCUGCUCUACGGGAUGGAGCCAGUUCCUGCUGGACUCUACCAGGAUCUGGACAAGAGACAGAAACUGGAAGAUCUGGGAGAACGGCUGCACCGAGCAGCGGCUGGAGAGAAAGCUGAGAGAGACGGCCGUCAGAUCUCCAUCAUCCCCACCCUGGACCGGAGAGUCGUCCAACGUCUGACCCUGGACCGCUCGACUCCUCCGGAGGUCAGGGCCGUCCUGGAGAAUCUGCUGCUUUACCUGAGCCCAGGUCCCCCGAAGCCCGGGUCGGCGGCCCCUGGAAGAGCCCGUGUGCGUCUCACCGCCUUCCAGCUGCUCAGAGCCAGGUUUGUGAAGAGCGAGCCCAAGCCGGCGCUGACCCGCAGAAGAGAGGUGGGCUCUCUGAGCUCCAGACCCCAGCGUGUUAAACACACGUACGAAUCAAGACCUGCGGCGAAGAGAAACACCUCCAGAGUUCAGGACAUGAUGAACAGAUUCACAGCAGCCGGCAACAACCACCUGAAGAAUCCUCAAACACGCAGACGAACGGCCGGAUCCGGGUUCUCCAGCCUGAUCAAGAGCUUCGAGACACUGGUGACGGAGAACAGCAGAAACGAUUCAAUACACAAGAUCAACAAACUCAAGAACCAGUCCACCUCUUCACAAGAAACACCAACUGAUUCACAAGAAUCACUACAGAAACACGAGAACGAAUCAACUGAUUCACGAGAGUCACUAAAGAAACACGGGAACGAACCAACUCAUUCACACGAAUCACUAAAGAAACACGAGAACAAAUUAAUUGAUUCGCAAGAAUCACUGAAGUCUCACGAGAACGAAUCAACUGAUUCACGAGAAUCACUAAAGAAACACGGGAAAGAACCAACUGAUUCACAAGAAUCACUACAGAAACACGGGAACGAAUCAACUGAUUCACAAGAAUCACUAAAGAAACAAGAGAACGAAUCAACUGAUUCACAAGAAUCACUACAGAAACACGGGAACGAAUCAACUGAUUCACAAGAAUCACUAAAGAAACACGAGAACAAAUUAACUGAUUCACCUGAAUCACUGAGGUCUCACGAGAACGAAUCAACUGAUUCACAAGAAUCACUAAAGAAACACGAGAACGAAUCAACUGAUUCACAAGAAUCACUAAAGAAACACGAGAACGAACCAACUGAUUCACAAGAAUCACUAAAGAAACACGAGAACGAAUCAACUGAUUCACAAGAAUCACUAAAGAAACACGAGAACGAACCAACUGAUUCACAAGAAUCACUAAAGAAACACGAGAACGAACCAACUGAUUCACAAGAAUCACUAAAGAAACACAAGAACAAAUUAAUUGAUUCACAAGAAUCACUAAAGAAAGACGAGAACAAAUCAACUGAUUCACAAGAAUCACUAAAGAAACACGAGAACAAAUUAAUUGAUUCACAAGAAUCACUGAGGUCUCACGAGAACGAAUCAACUGAUUCACAAGAAUCACUAAAGAAACACGAGAACGAAUCAACUGAUUCACAAGAAUCACUAAAGAAACACGAGAACGAACCAACUGAUUCACAAGAAUCACUAAAGAAACACAAGAACAAAUUAAUUGAUUCACAAGAAUCACUACAGAAACACGAGAACAAAUCAACUGAUUCACAAGAAUCACUAAAGAAACACGAAAAUGAAUCAAUUGAUUCACAAAAAGCACUUAAACAACAUGAGAACGAAUCAACUGAUUCACAAGAAUCACUAAAGAAACACGAAAAUGAAUCAAUUGGUUCACAAAAAGCACUUAAACAACAUGAGAACAAACUAACUGAUUCACAAGAAUCACUAAAGAAACACGAGAACAAAUCAACCGAUUCACAAAAAUCCCUAAAAAAUUACGAGAAUGAACCAACUGAUUCACAGGAAUCACUAAAGAAACUUGAGAACAAAUCAAUAGAUUCACAAGAAUCACCAAAGAAACACAAGAAUAAAUCAACCGAUUCACAAGAAUCACUAGACCGACACAAAAACAAAUCAUCUGAUUCAGAAGAAUCAUUAAAUCAACACAGAUGUCCUUCUACAGGAACACAUGACCCGGGCUCAGAGAAAGAGCUCAGAGUCCAGGACCUGAGUGAGAACAGUGCUGCUGAGGCGACUCUGAGAAAGACUCGAUCGGGACAUCCUUCUCUCGAGGUCUUAGACACGGAGUCAAGAAAGUCCCUCACACAGAUCCUUCAGAGACCCGGAGCCCUGACGAACCCAGAGCAGAAGACCUCCGGCUCCGCUUCUGCUGCUCAGAUUCAGACGCAGGAGAACGCCGAAGACACUCAGAAAUACAGGAGCAUGAGUUACUGUGACGCUUCAGAGAGAGUGUCCUACAUCCCCAAAACCAUCCGCUUCACGGACACCUUCAACUUCUGAGCUCUCCUUCACGAACGAUUCCUCAGACAGUCUUCAGAACACAGCGAUGAUCAACGCAACUCACAAUCACAGGAAAAAAACGGAAUUGUUGCAGUUUUUUAAAAGAUUGGAGUUUAUAUCUGAGUUAAUGUCUUGAAACUCUGACUUUAUACGUGAGUUUAUGAAGUGUGUUCUGAGCGAGAGCCGGACAGGACCAGAACAGCAUAAAACAAACCUUUCUGUGUGUAUAUAUAUAUAAAUAUAAAUAUAAAUAUAAAUAUAAAUAUAAGGCAAACAGUUGCAAUCAAUUAAUUUCAGCAACAUUUAAAUAAAUUUAGUUCAAAGUUAGUCAACUAAAUUUGUUUAUUUAUAUGUAGAUAAAAUAAAUAGAAUUGACUAAUUCUUUUCAAGGUAAGGCUUGCAAUCGAUUUCUUUUUCCAGUGUUUUAGUUAAAAGUACAGGCGCAUUAUGAUUCUUAUAUAAAAUAUAAAAUAUUAUAGGCAUUUUUUUACCUAGUCGACAAAACCCGACUGUAGUUUAAACAAUGCAAAAAAACACGAUUAAGAGCUGAUCAAGACUUAUCCAGUGUUUGUGAAACGUCUUUCUUGAUUUCAUUCUUGAUCUUCACUUUUAUGCCACAGAAAGUUUUACUUGAAUUGUCUUUAAUAUAUAAAUAUAAAUAAAUGAUACUAAAUGCACUGCAAGAACAGACUCAUCAAACAAGAUUGUCUCGUUUCUAGUCAAAAUAACAGAAGAUAUCUUCACUGUAAAAAACCUUGUUCUUGUUACUUAUUCUUCUAAGUUCUUUCAUCUUAAAAAGUUGACAUGGUAAAAUAGUAAACUUAAAAGUUAGUUGGACCAGAGAACAAGUCAUCUUACGUUUUUAAGUAACCUGAACUUCUAAAGGGCUCAACUUAAAUAGUUCAAGUUAGUUCUCAAUGAUUAGUGUAAAUGAUCACAGAAUCCUGCUUCAAUACUUCAAACAAAGACUAGAGGAGCUGAGAAAGAUAGGACGAAGAGCUCUGGUGCACGGGAUCUUUAAGAUACUAAGAAAUGAAUUGAUCUUUAAUCUUAUUCAGUUUUGUUGAGUCUUGAUUUUUAAAGGAGACGUUUCAUUUUCUACAGACAUGUUCCACUUAUAUAAUGAAUUAGUUUACAUAUGAAUGAUAAUUCUCCAUACGCAUUAGGCCACACAUAUCUAGGAUCGCUUACUUUAGUAAUAUUAGUAUAGACCUUCAGGUAUUUUUACAUGGGCUACUUUUAUGUUAAAUUAUUUUACAAAAAUGUAUAAAUAUACAAAAAUAUCUUUUCAAGAAGAAAAAAUGUCCUUUAAAGUUGUCCAGUGACGUUCUCAGCGAUGCAUAUUACUAGGAAACUUAUGAAACAUGAUCUCUAUCCUAAUGAUUUUGUCAUAAAAGAGAAGCGCA